AUGCGAGAAUACAAGCUAGUUGUCCUCGGUUCUGGCGGUGUAGGCAAAUCAGCUUUGACUGUGCAAUUUGUUCAAUCCAUCUUUGUUGAAAAAUAUGAUCCCACCAUUGAAGAUUCUUAUCGCAAACAAGUCGAGGUUGAUGGCACGCAAUGCAUCUUGGAAAUUCUCGACACCGCUGGCACCGAACAAUUCACCGCUAUGCGCGACCUUUAUAUGAAAAGCGGGCAAGGUUUCCUUUUGGUCUAUUCCAUCACAAGCAUGGUCACACUCAACGAUCUGGAACCAUUACGAGAACAAAUUUUACGUGUCAAGGAUUCGAAUAGCGUGCCUAUGGUCCUUGUAGGCAACAAGUGUGAUUUGGAACAAGAGCGUAUGGUGCCAAGGGAACAAGGCAUGAUGCUAUCACAACAAUGGGGCAGCAAGCCAUUCUAUGAGACCUCCGCCCUGGCAAGGAUUAAUGUCGAUGAAAUUUUCUUUGAUCUUGUUAGACAAAUCAAUCACCAGAACCCCACAAAGGAAAAACAAAAAAAGAGAUUGAAAUGCAUUGUGCUGUAA